AUUCAUGCACCUGAGAGAAGUACAGACUGAAUUAACAUUAUGGCUCCAAAAUAAUGCAGUAUUGAAAGAUUAAGUGAAAAAAAGAUAUUCAUCCAUGUGCAACAUCCAAGAAGAAAUCUCAAGACUCAACAAUGCAGGUUCCAGAGCAGAAGAUGCCGAGUUCAGCCAGUAUCAGGCUGCAAAAUUUCAGGGUGAGAUUCUCAACAUGAAACAGGAAAACAACAAGGUUUGUGAUGAACUGAAAGCAGGUUUUGAACGAGUAAGACAGAUGAAGGUCGGAAUUAAAGGGCAAGAGGCCCUCAAAGGCCACAUCCAUGUUCUCUUGCAUCAAUCCAGCAUCAGUACCGCACAGACAAUACAGUUAUAUAGCAGCAUCACUAGAACCCCCAGAAUAGACACUACCAAGCGUUUGUCGGUUGUUUUGAUACCUCAUGCCGCUUAGACGAGUGAUUCUCUCAUUUUAGGACCCUAUCUGUUUGUUAAUUUAGACCAAAACUAAUCGAAAUGUUUUAGUUUGAGGACUGAUUUUUAAGAUAUAGAGCACACCAUAUGGAAUUCGUUUUCCUUGUUUCAAAUGUUAAUAAAUUUUGGAUUAAAUG